AGUUAUUUCAUCAUCCUAAACCUUCCCUUCCACUUCAAGCAGCAAAAGAACAGAAAAGCUUCCUCCUUCCUUCUCCUCCUCUCUUCUUCCUCUCUGAAUCGUUCCAUCCAAACCAGCUGAUCAACUUCAGGCUGGUCUACAGCAAUGGCGGCAACCCUGCAAAUCAACGUGAAGCCCCUAAACCACCAACUUCUAUUCAACUCCAAACCCUGUUCCAGACACUGCUGCAGAUGGGCCACAAUUCGCUGUGCCGCUGCCACCACCCCAUCCACCAGACGGUACACUAUCACUCUCCUCCCUGGCGACGGAAUUGGCCCAGAAGUCAUCUCCGUCGCCAAGAACGCUCUCCAACUUGCCGGUUCUCUUGAAGGGAUUGAUUUUGGGUUCAAGGAGAUGCCAAUGGGUGGGGCAGCCUUGGAUUUGACAGGAGUGCCAUUGCCAGAAGAGACUCUUUCUACUGCACAGCAAUCUGAUGCUGUUCUUCUUGGAGCUAUUGGAGGGUAUAAAUGGGAUAAUAAUGAGAAACAUUUGAAGCCAGAAACUGGAUUGCUUCAGCUCCGAAAAGGGCUUAAGGUCUUUGCUAAUUUGAGGCCAGCUACUGUUCUGCCAAUGUUAGUAGAAGCUUCAACUUUGAAGAAAGAAGUUGCUGAAGGUGUAGACGUAAUGGUUGUAAGGGAACUUACUGGAGGUAUUUAUUUUGGGCAACCAAGGGGCUUUAGCACAAACGACAUUGGUGAAGAAAUUGGUUUCAACACUGAGGUGUAUUCUGCUCCUGAGAUUGAUCGCAUUGCUCGUAUUGCAUUUGAAACGGCACGGAAACGUCAUGGAAAACUCUGUUCUGUUGAUAAAGCAAAUGUUUUGGAGGCAUCAAUGCUUUGGAGGAAGAGAGUUACAGCUUUAGCCUCUGAGUACCCUGAUAUUGAACUCUCACACAUGUACGUUGACAAUGCUGCUAUGCAGCUUGUUCGCAAUCCGAAGCAGUUCGACACAAUUGUGACAAAUAACAUAUUUGGUGAUAUCCUAUCUGAUGAGGCCUCAAUGAUAACUGGAAGUAUUGGGAUGCUUCCAUCUGCUAGCCUUGGGGAAUCGGGACCUGGAUUAUUUGAGCCUAUACAUGGUUCUGCUCCUGAUAUAGCUGGACAGGACAAAGCAAACCCAUUGGCAACAGUUUUGAGUGCUGCUAUGCUUCUGAAGUAUGGCUUAGGAGAGGAGAAGGCUGCCCAAAGAAUUGAGGAUGCUGUACUUGAUGCCUUAAACAAAGGAUUCCGUACUGGUGAUAUACACACAGCUGGAUAUAACUUGGUAGGAUGCAAGGAGAUGGGUGAAGAAGUAUUGAAGUCAAUAGAACAUAAGAUACCUGCAGCUGUUUGACAUCACAAUCGCUUAGCUCCAUGAAUGCUGAACUUUCCCAACUCAGUUGCUUUGUUAACCCAUUGAUCUUUUGGAGAUGACAGUGAUUUUUGGUGAAGUUACUCUUAUUAUUGGAACUGAAUAUGAAUAUCUUGUGAGUUUUCCAAAAUGUAACUCUUCCUUUUGUUUCCAAAAGUAAGAAGAUGUGGAAGUUGUGGUAGCAUGUCUAGUCUUGCAUUUUUCCCCCCCAAUUUUAGUUGUAACUGUGUUGUUUAUGCUGUUGUAACAUUGGAAUAAUGGUAGAAAUGAUUUUUUUUUUUAUCAGUUGAUAAAUGGAUAUUGUUUUCUUGCUA